CGAGCUUGAUCUGCUGACACCUUGCUCCCUACUGUCCCAGACUCUAGAAGCCCCCUCUGCUCCGUUAGGGCUGAGAUCUGACCCCAUCAGGACCUGGCUUACCCUAAACUUUACUGGGAGGGUUGGCUCAGGCGCCAUCUUGUCACAAAGGGGACGUGCAGUGAAAAGAGGCACCUUGACAGCAGGACCUACCUUUGUACCAGCUUUUAAUUCCCUAAAGAGAAGCCAGUGUACAACCCUUCCCUUGCCUCACCCUCAGCACUGCCCGGGGAAAGUCCAGCCUGCAAUACCAGUUGUCAGCUCAGAUUCAAAGUCAGAUCUGGAUCCUGUCCUCAGCUUGCCAAUUAAAGGGGCCUGUGCCGUGGCUGAGCUCUUGCGGGUACCUCAAAUCUUCUUGAAUAUACAGGGACGUCUCUCGUAGCAUCUGUCCGUUGCAUGCAGGGAAAGAGCAGUUCAUGCAGGAGUCCCCCUCACACUGAGGGCCUUUAGUGCAACCAUAAGUGUUGCACACCGAAUACCUCUGCCCCAGCGCUGCCACCCACCGGGAACGAUCCUAUGGACAAAGAGCCGCCCAACUCAGGACACAAACCCAGCUCUUCCUCACCAGGACACAGUGGUAGAAUAAGGAGAAUGGAAGAUGCCAUCUUUCCUCCUAAACCAGUUUCUUCCUUUCAUUUGUCUGAGAAGGUAACGAGAAAACACUUAAUCAUGGCUCCUGCAUCACUCACACAGGGAGGAUUUGGCUCAUCAAUUGUCAAGAACGCUACCAAAAUACUUUCAGCAGCAAGGGUAAAAAAGGGGACAAGAAUUGUCUUUCCAGAAUCACUUUUCCCUUGAUUCAAAGCUGCACCAAGGGCAGUGUUUCUUAGGUUCCCUUCUACAAGCUUCUGUCCAAGUCAGACAGGGACCGGAGAGUUCUUAGCUCCCUUAAUGGCCAGAUGGUUCUCUACUUCUGAACUCCGCCACCCUCACCUGGAAGUAACUCCCAUAGGAUCCCUGCCUCUCUGUGAGAAAACCCAGGAACCAGGGACUAAGGCUCCCACUUCGGGGAAGGUGGAAGGGAUAGGCAGGUAAUAGAAAAGAAAGCAGCCUCCUCUCUGCGGGAGGAUCGGCCAACUGACCCCUUCAGCACCAGGAAUCUGUGGGAGAAAGGAAAGUGCUGGGAAAGGAAGUAUGCGGGAGACCGGGGUCGGGUGGGGUGGGGGGGGAGUAGGGAAGGUUGUCUGUCUCCAGAUCCCUUGGCUUUCUUCAGAGAGAUAAGACAUAAUGAAAGGUAAGUGGGGGCGGGAAAAGUUCUGAAAGCACCAGCCCGAGGACGGGAAGGGAGACGCCAGGCACCUCCCUCUCAGCCCUCCCGCAGGCACUUCUGACCGCUGGGGUAGGUGGAACCGGCCUGCCCCCUCCAGCCAAUCAGAAAGGCGCCUCGCGUUCCCUGGCGACCAUUAACGCCUAGCAGUUGGUGUAGUGGGAGGAGGCGGGACGAUGAGAGCACAAGCUCCCCCGGCCAAUCGCUGUACUCCUUGGGAGGUAGGGGCGGUGCCUCUGGAAACCGGAGGCGGGGCUGUUUCCUUGGCAACGAUGCUAGCCCUCCCCGAGUGGGUAGGGUGGAGAUUAGGAGGAGCAGAGAGGGGAGGAGGCCAGGAGGAGUGAGGGUGGGCGCGCCGGUGCGGAGGAGUAGAGUUCGGGUUGGGGGGUGGGAGCCCCAGACUCAGGAGCUCAAGGCUGGGGGUGGGGUCCGCCUAGGUUCCCGAGGCGCGGCCGAAGCUGACCCCAAGGCCCGGGAGGGGAGGGGAGCUAGACGCCGCCCCCGCUGGCGCCGGGAAGCGUCGCUCCUUCUCGCUGACCUUGGUCUCGCUUGUCGCCUCGCCCUUGGCCACAGGCACUGACGGACGCAGGGCCCGGGUGACGGAUAGAUAGGCUCCUGGACGGACGGAGACCUAGGACAUAGCACACAAACUACCCCAGCCUUUCCUGCCGGCUCCAGGGCUCCCUGUCAUCCCCCACCUCAAAGCCGGGGCCAUCCAGCCCAGGGUUAAUGCCAACGAGUUUCCACCUCCAGCCGCUCCUAGAGAGGCCGUGGCGCUAGCCAGCGGGGGAAACUGGCCGCGGACGGACACUUCCUGUGCGGGGGGGAGGGGGGAGGGGGUCGGACAGCCGCAGCCCAGCCGGGGCUGGGGGGCCAGACGGCGGGGUCGCGGGCGGGGAGCGGCGUCCGGGGGCGGCAGGGCGAGUCGUGAAGACCCUCGCCUCCGAGGCCACGACGCACGGGGGCCUUGGAGGGCCCCAGGGCAAGGCGAGACCUUGUGGGUGGGGGCGGGGCCGCGGGUAGGGGAGGGGCCCGGCCGGCCAGAGAGGCCCGGGGUCAAGACGUCCGGCCUCAGGGGCCCGGUCUGGGCAGCCGGGUCCCCUGGGCGGCGCUGAGCAGGCGGGCGGCGAGGGCCCGGGUCUCAGGGUACUCAGGCCUGGUCGCAGGAUCGUCCGCCAUCGCCGCCGCCGCCGUACUGGGAGCCGGCGGGGAUGGAACGGGAGGCGUCGCCGUGGGGCCUUGAGCCCGGGGAUGUGCAAAGUCCUGACGAAGUGGGGAGCCCCGAAGGGUCCCUCAAAGGCAACAUGAGUGAGAAUGAGGAAGAAGAAAUGUCUCAACAAGAAGGCCCUGGGGACUAUGAGGUCGAAGAGAUACCCUUUGGGCUUGAACCCCAGAGCCCUGGGUUUGAGCCACAAAGCCCCGAGUUUGAACCCCAGAGCCCCAGGUUUGAGCCUGAAAGCCCAGGUUUUGAGUCCCGAAGCCCUGGGUUUGUGCCCCCAAGCCCUGAAUUUGCACCCAGAAGCCCUGAAUCAGAGAGCCCUGAGUUUGAACCCCAAAGUCCUAGGUAUGAGCCCCAAAGCCCGGGGUAUGACCCCAAGAGCCCUGGAUAUGAACCCCGGAGCCCUGGGUAUGAACCCAAGAGCCCUGGGUAUGGACCCCAGAGCCCUGGGUGUGAAUCCCAGAGCCCGGGAUAUGAGGCCCAGAAUCCUGAGUUCAAAACCCAAAGCCCUGAAUUUGAAGCUCAAAGUUCCAAAUUUCAGGAAGGUGCAGAGAUGCUUCUCAAUCCUGAGGAAAAGAAUCCCUUGAGCAUCCCCUUGGGAGUCCACCCCUUGGACUCCUUCACCCAGGGGUUUGGGGAGCAGCCCACAGGGGGCCUGCCCCUAGGGCCACCUUUUGAGAUGCCCACAGGGGCCCUGCUGGCCACACCCCAGUUUGAGAUGCUCCAGAAUCCCCUGGGCCUGACAGGGGCCCUUCGGGGGCCAGGCAGGCGGGGUGGCCGGGCCAGGGGUGGGCAGGGCCCUCGGCCUAAUAUCUGCGGCAUCUGCGGGAAGAGCUUCGGGCGGGGCUCCACCCUGAUCCAGCACCAGCGCAUCCAUACGGGUGAGAAGCCCUAUAAAUGUGAGGUCUGUAGCAAGGCCUUCUCCCAGAGCUCUGACCUCAUCAAACACCAGCGCACCCACACGGGCGAGCGGCCCUACAAGUGUCCCCGUUGUGGCAAGGCCUUCGCCGACAGCUCUUACCUGCUUCGCCACCAGCGCACCCACUCUGGUCAGAAGCCCUACAAGUGCCCGCACUGUGGCAAGGCCUUCGGUGACAGCUCCUACCUCCUGCGGCACCAGCGCACCCACAGCCACGAGCGGCCCUACAGCUGCCCCGAGUGCGGCAAGUGCUACAGCCAGAACUCGUCCCUGCGUAGUCACCAGAGGGUGCACACCGGGCAGAGGCCCUUCAGCUGCGGCAUCUGCGGCAAGAGCUUCUCGCAGCGCUCGGCCCUCAUCCCCCACGCCCGCAGCCACGCCCGCGAGAAGCCCUUCAAGUGCCCUGAGUGCGGCAAGCGCUUUGGCCAGAGCUCGGUGCUGGCCAUCCACGCCCGCACGCACCUGCCGGGCCGCACCUACAGCUGCCCCGACUGCGGCAAGACCUUCAACCGCUCGUCCACGCUGAUUCAGCACCAGCGCUCGCACACGGGCGAGCGGCCCUACCGGUGCGCCGUGUGCGGCAAGGGCUUCUGCCGCUCCUCCACGCUGCUGCAGCAUCACCGGGUGCACAGCGGCGAGCGGCCCUACAAGUGCGAUGACUGUGGAAAGGCCUUCUCGCAGAGCUCCGACCUCAUCCGCCACCAGCGGACCCACGCAGCCGGCCGGCGCUGACCUGGGGCCCCGCCCGGGGGUGGGGAGGUGGUGGGCACAAGAGAAGGGGCCAGGGAGCUAGAGAAAAACCUUUAGAGGGGAUAGUGGGAAAGCUGGGGGGAGGACGGAGGAGUCUAGGGCCAGGGGGCCGGAAGUUACGUGCCCUGGAGACUUAUGGGAAAUGGGCUAUGAAGAGGGGUUGGAGAGAGGCCAGGCAGGCAGUGGGAGGUUCUGGGAGAGAUCCAGGAGAGAGGUCAGCAGAGAGCUGGCCUCGGCGGCAGCAUGCCCCUCGGUAGGUGCCUGGCGUGGCAAAGCGCUAGGCGGGGGUUGGGGGGGAGGGGGGAGGGUUACUUAAUUAGAGUGGGGUAGCUUAGAUUGGUAGCUACUGAGACCCUCCUUGAGUCAGGAAGGGGUGAGGGUAGGUGGGGUGGGGAGUGGGCCCUGGGGUGGGGCUUGGGCCUCAGUGCAAACCCCAGCCUCCCUUGUCUUCCUCAGGCUUUGGAGCCCCUGAAUUUGAGUUCAAUAAAAACCUUUAUGUGGCAAAA